GGCAGGAAGUUAUCGUCAGAAGCGUCCUCAACCUCAGAAUCUGAAAGCCGUUUUGCUGUUUUAUCGCAGUGAAUGGUUCCCAAUCUCUCCUCUUUCAUUCAUACCUACUGCCCAGAAAACCAAAAAUCUCUCAUCUAAGAGUUUCACAAGGUUACGAAAACUUCCAUCAAACCCGUCAACAACAUGGCUUUUCAAGAUACAGAUGAGAGUAAACUCCCCAUGCUCAAUGAGGAGGAAGAUGGAGAUUCUAUUUCCUUUGCUACUUCACCACAACCGCAAAUUCGGCAUAAGACCUGUUCUAUACUCCUCAUCGGCCUCGCUUCGAGCGUCCUGCUUGUUCUCUCAGUUGUUUGGGCUUUCCAGUCCAUCGUUCUACCUACUCAUAUCAAUACUCAACAAAUCCUCAAAAAUCCCUGCGGAAACUCAUCCAGUGAAGCUAGAGCCCGAGGAUGUCAUUUCGACGUGCUUUCGUUCUGCUGGGUCCCAGAUGAGUGCUUCGAUCGAGAACUGACAGAAAAGUUCCGCAAAGCCGGGCCGUGGGUGUUCUACACCGAUCAGAACAAGACUGCAUCAGUCACUGAAGACCAAUUCGGCUCCGACACACAACCUGUUUACCUCACCAAUAAACUGCAUAAGACUCAUUGUGCCUACAACAUUCUCAGAUUCCACAAAGCACUGACCGAAGGCCGAAUGGUUCAUAAAGAAGAUGUCUUGACUCACACAGAACACUGUUCACAAGUCUUGACGAGAAUCAAUGACCCGGAUGACAUUGAGGUUAGGGCAAAGAUUCAAUAUCCAGAUUGCGGUCACUUCUCGAAGGACUUUCCGGGGAAAGCAAAGGAUGAUGCACAUAGCCACCAUCAUGGACACUCGAAAAUGGAACAGGGCUCUGUAAUUUCUUAGAUAGCUUCACGGGAUACCUAUGGAUAUAGUUGUUAAGAAAUCCUUGCUAUCAGCACGCUGUAACUCAUACCUAUAACUGCUCUUUGCUAUCAAUUUGGACCUUUGCUGUGCCGUCUUUUCUAGGAGAUGAAAAGGGAUAUUGUACAUAUUCAUCAUGUAGUAUGGAAAAUUGAAAAUAGCUGUUCUUUCCUA